GCUAUAUAAAAGACGGCCAAACAAAAUUCAAAAGUAAACCACAAGUGAACGCGACACGAUAGUACACGCGACGAGACACAUUUCUCGUAUCGUGUAAAAAGCAUUUACCUUCGGAGUGGAACGAUCGUGGACACGAACCCAACCAUGAUUUGGCGAUUUGCGAUCCUCGUCGCUCUUUCGAUCUUGACAGUCGAGGCGAAAAAGUACUCGCAAAAAUGGGAGGAACAAGAACAAUGGCAAGAGUUCGAGGAGUUUCUGAAGUGGAAAAAAAUGCGAGAACUUCGCGAAUAUCAACCGCAGGAAAUGAAAUACGAGAAACAACGCUAUGAAAUUCGCGACAUGGAGAAAAUUUCCGAAAGGGACCAACAACCUCCCGUCGUUCCACCACCCGUCGAUCGGGCUGCUCUAAUGGCAAGAUUCAUUGUCAACCAGGCUGACUGGGUGUCCGUGGCGACCAUAAGCACGCGGAAGGAUAUUGAGUCGUAUCCAACAGUAAAUUUAAUUUCCUACAGUGAUGGACUCUUAGGAAAUGGAUCAGGUGUUCCGUAUCUUUAUCUUACUCCUUUGGAUUACACAGCUCAAGAUCUCGCUAGAGAUAAUCGCGUCACGUUGUUGAUGACAUUGGCUCAAGGAGAAUAUUGCAAAUCGAAACAAUGGGACCCAAUGGACCCUCGCUGUGCCAGAGUACUUUUAUCCGGGAAAAUGAAACCGCUGAAGAACGAGAGUGCGGAACUUGACUUAGCCAAAAAAGUUUUCUUCGAUCGUCAUCCGAAAUUAGCUAAUAUGCCACCAGAUCACCAUUUCUAUUUCGCCAAAUUGAAAAUAUCGACGAUCGCGGUGCUAGAUACUUUCGGUGGACCGAAGUAUGUCACUGUUAGAGAUUACUUGCAUCCACCGGUUGAUAACGUUACUGCAGAAUUCAUUCGACUAUUCCCCGUGGAAUUCGACGAGAACGAUUCUCGGCAAAAAUAUGCACCAGUCUCUAAUAUGUUGAAUCCCGUAGUCCGCACUGUAUAAAAUGUGAUGAAAUCGUUUAUCGAAAAACUCUCGAAAGUACAACCCGAAAUAAUUAAGCGUGUUUACGAUUUUAUACGUUUUUGAAUUGUCUGUAAAAUCGAAAAUUUGUACUACUACACAUGUUAAUUAAACGAUGAUUUAAUUAAUAAACUUAUAAAUUAAA